UCUUGGAUCAAGUAAACUCACAACUCAACUCGCGCCAGUUACAGUAAGACCACUAUCCGCUGAAGGACAAUUCUCCAACAGCGCUCGAGAUCGGACGUUUUACUAGUGAUCCAUCUACCGUGUAGCCAUGCAAUCCAUGUUGAAGGCUCCUCUCAGCUGCCUGCCCAAGAGCAAGCCUUCCUCCAGCAACCUCAUGGUGGUUCUGAUUCUCACAGCCUUCUGUGCUAUUGUACCUUUGGACCUCACGCAGCUCAUCUUCACCUGCCUUGGGGCCUUUUGUUACUACAUCGUACAGCAACUUCAGCGCUCGAUGGCAGUGCCCAUCUCUGGCAAAAAGCUGAAGACGUCUCUCCCAGAGGAGAAGGGUUACCACGCCCCGGAGUCCCGCGAGGUUCGGAAGCGUCGCCCCGCAGCUCCUACCAGGAAGCAGCAGCAAAGCCCCAGGGGUGCUCAUGUCGACGCACGCGCGCUGCCUGCCACGGUUCCGAUUGUACCGCCAAGCUUCAAGGGAGAGUCCUUGGAGGAAGAGGUUCAGGAGCUCCUCACGCAAAUCAUGCCCACGGCGGCCAGUCAACGAGGGGUCGACUGCCUGGCGGAGGCCAUCCGUGUGAUGCUGGCGAGCAGCCUUCCAGAGGUGGAAGUGCUGGGCUUUGCCAGCAGCGACCUCUCCCGGGGCCGUGCGAAUGGCGUGGCGGUGCCCGACGUGGACGUGGUCAUCAACGUCCGCCCCGACUGCGUGACCUCCAAGCUGCCUCCCAAACAGUCAGCAGAUCGUAUGAUGCAGAAAUGGGCGCUGCGUGUCUGCGCAGAUCGUCUGGUGUCCGGUGGCUUCAAGUUCCGCCGCAGCGGCUUCCGAGGGAAUGAGCCCAAGAUGACCUUGUUGGUACCUGCGGAGCUGAAGAUCUUUGACGAGGCAGUGCCCAUCGACAUCUCGGUGAACGCGGUGACGCCGCUGCACAGCGCUGCCUUGCUCGCUGAGUGCGGGAACUUGAACCCACAGAGCAAGGAGCUCAUCCUGGUGAUUCGCCGCUGGGCCAAGGAUCGAGGCAUCUGCCACGCGCCGAAGGGCCAUUUGUCGCCCUACAUCUGGAGCCUGCUGGUGGUCUACUACCUCCAGGUCGGACGCAAGGAAGGACCACAGCUGCCUCCGGUGAAGGAAUUCCAGGCGAUCUCCAACCUGCUCCCGAAUCAAGGCAAGACGAAGACCUGGAACCCCAAGGACGCGACCUCUGUCCCAGCGGCAGAGCUUCUGAAAGGCUUCAUGCACUUCUACCACAACUUCGCAUGGAAGCAGGAGGCCAUCGGUGUCCUACAGGGCCUUCGGGGUCCCAUGCCCUUGUCCUUGCCCAUCCACAUCAUCGAGCACGAAGAGCAAAAGACCACGGAGUGUGGCCCCUGCAUCGAGGAUCCCUUUGCGCCCAAGAAGAACCUGGGCUCCUGUAUGACCUGGUGGAGCUUCCGUCGCAUGAAGGAGGAGUUGGCCAGGGCGAACGACUUGCUGGACCGGGAUACGUUGCUGGCGAAGCUCCUGGAGCCUUGGGCUCCUGAGACGCCCGAGACGCCGGACGCGUGAGGCCGCUCCGAGCCCACCGCGAAAUGUGCCAUAAGCUUUGCUUCGCUCGGCCGCCAUGACGACCUGCACAGUGACCCGCUCGCGCGACCGUUCCGCGGAACGCGCGGAGCUGAACUCCGCCCGCGGCCGGGCGGGGGGAGCGACGGAAAACGAAUUCGGCCGGAGCUGCCAUGCGCUUUUGGGAGAUGAGGGUUGCGCUUUUUGACAAGAGAGGAUUGGAUGAUGGAGAUUUUGCUUUGGGGGUGAAUUGCUGUAGUCAGUUCAUAGAUUGGACAGUCCCAGGCCGAGUGGCUAUUUGUCCAGUGCCAAGCACCUUGGUUUUGCUUUUUCACGUGAGAGAUGAGGUUUAAGUUUGGGGGACAUCAUGCAGCAUAAAACAAUAUAUAGAAGUCUCACACUGUGACUAUGCUGUUUUUUCAUUGUGUAAUUUUUGAUCAAACACUUCUGUGGCUCUUGUGUGUCCUGUCUCAACCAGCCUUUUGAUGAUUACACGCUUCCAACCGCUUGUUGAUUUCCAGUGGUGAGCGACAUUGAUUUGUAAGUCUCUGGUUAUGCAGGAAAAAACACCUUUCACCACAGACACAUCAAGAGAUUCUCUCUUCAAUCUUG